AGCUUGUCACGUGAUGGAAUUAAUAGAGCAAAAACUAGACGAGGUGCUUUCCUCCCCAACGUCAAUGGAUUAUAAUAUAUACCGACUACCUAAAUCACUGGUGGAUGAAAAGCCAGAAGCGUACGUACCUCACAUUGUGUCCAUUGGCCCUUUCCACCAUAAACAACAACACUUGCAACACACGGAAACACGUAAGAUUCUUUACUUCCACAGGUUUAUGAACCGGACAGCCAGCUUGUUACAUUACGUUCAAGUUGUGGAAGAUUUGGAAGAAAGGCUUUACCAAUGUUAUCCUACAGAUUUAAAAAUUGAAAGAGACAGCAGCUUUGUGAUGAUGAUGGUAGUGGAUGGUUGUUUCAUACUUGAUUUACUUCUACAGUCCAAGAAUUAUCACAAAACUACACCCAUCUUGAAGUGGGAUUAUCAAGUUUCACAGGACCUGAUUUUGGUUGAAAAUCAGAUUCCAAUCUUUGUUCUUGAGGAAUUAUACCGAGUAUUCAUUAAUGGGGCCAGGGGGGUCCGCGAAGCCACCGCCACCGCCGCCGCCGCAACUACAGCUGAUCAUGAUGAUCAUCCAAUAACGACCCAGCUCUAUGAUCUUAUGUUGAAAUACUUUGUACAUCAUCUUUUGACAACUUUCCUUGGCAUGGAUUACGAUACAAUCUAUAACUCUUCUCGUGAUCGUAUUGAAAAUUUAAAACCAGAGUACAGACCAAAACAUUUGCUUGAUUUUUUACGAUUCAUCCUCAUCCCAAACUUUGCUAUACAGAGAUCGCCGGCGGCGGCGGCGGCGGCGGCGAAUGAGAGUAAUAAUAAUAGCAAAAAGAAUAAGAAGAUACCAUCAGCAACUUGCGCCAGCAGCAGCAGCAGCCGGUUGUUGUGCCUGCUAGGAGGAAUGGUGGUGGAUCCUCCAAAGAAAGAUAAUAAUGUGGUGGUACAUAUCCGGUGUGCUACAAAGCUGAAGACGGCCAGUGUCAAAUUUGAGAAGAACAAGAAGGCAACAAGCUUGUUGGACAUAAUAUUCGACGAAAACAAUGGAGUUUUGAAAAUCCCAACUACAAAAAUUCACGAAGGAUCAGAGAUUAUCCUUCGAAACCUAGUCGCCUACGAGCAAUACAUCGAUGACUAUAGUUAUAUUUCAGAGUAUGCAUCUUUCAUGAAUGGUCUCAUCGAUUCUCGUGAGGAUGUGGAGUUGUUGCAGGACAAUGGAGUUAUUGUGACGAUGCUGGGUGAUCCAAGUGAGGUGGCUCAAUUAUUUAACAAUCUUGUGAAAGAUGUUAUGUUCCAUGUUCAUUAUACUCUCCCUGUCCGUGGUAAAUUGGAGGAGUAUUACAAUAUACGGUGUCACAAAUGGAGAGCAAGUCUGAUGGGUAACUAUUUCAAUACUCCAUGGGCAUCCAUAUCAGUUGUUGCUGCCAUAAUGCUCCUCGUCUUGACAUUCACACAAACCAUUUAUACUAUCUUAUCUUAUCAUCCUUAGAUACC